AUGGAUUCUAGUAAUUCAAAUCAGAUGUUGCCUAAGGCAGAAAUUGUACAGUUUUUAACAAUAGCCUUAGUAUGGUUGGCUCCCAUGGUUAUUGCUAGAUCAAUAGACAUUACUGAAAAAAUCCUAGAAGAAAACACAGAAAAUAUGGAGGCAUUAGCGUUAACGAAUCUUGCUCGACAAAAACCAGUUUCACCAUACAUGCCUUCACAAUUAACAGAUUUAUUCAACAAUGCUUUCGCUAAACACACAAUGAUGAGGAUAAAAGGCUUGAGGAAAGUAUUUGAUCACGUUCGAGGAAAAAAAAGUCACCCACCAAACCACCAUGAAAGAAGGGUUAUAGUUGGAGGUAUUUGUUGCAAUGGGAAAAGGUGA